GCCGGGCCCUGGCCAGGGACUCGGCAGGCCGGCGGACUGGCGGCGGGCAGGCGGCGGCAGGGGAGCAGUGAGAGCCGUGGCGGCCGCGCCAUGUGGCUGCUGGGGCCGCUAUGCCUGCUACUGAGCAGGGCCGGGGAGAGCCAGCUGUUGCCUGGGAAUAACUCCACCAACGAGUGUAACAUUCCGGGAAACUUCAUGUGUAGCAAUGGACGUUGCAUCCCUGGGGCAUGGCAAUGUGAUGGGCUGCCCGACUGCUUUGAUAAGAGCGAUGAGAAGGAAUGCCCCAAGGCCAAGUCCAAGUGUGGACUGACCUUCUUCCCCUGUGCGAGUGGCAUCCACUGUAUCAUAGGACGCUUCAGAUGCAAUGGAUUCGAGGACUGUCCAGAUGGCAGCGAUGAAGAAAACUGCACUGCAAAUCCCCUACUAUGCUCCACAGCCCGCUUCCACUGCAAAAAUGGACUGUGCAUCGACAAGAGCUUUGUGUGCGAUGGGGAGAACAACUGUCAGGACAACAGCGAUGAGGAGAGCUGUGAGAACCCUCAAGAGACAGGCAGUGGGCAGACCUACGCGACACCGGAGAACCAGCUGCUGUACUACCCCAGCAUCACGUACGCCAUCAUCGGCAGCUCUGUCAUCUUUGUACUGGUGGUAGCCCUCCUUGCCCUGGUGCUGCAUCACCAGCGGAAACGAAACAACCUGAUGACGCUGCCCGUGCACAGGCUGCAGCAUCCCGUGCUCCUGUCCCGCCUGGUAGUUCUCGAUCACCCCCAUCGCUGCAGCGUCACCUACAAUGUCAACAAUGGCAUCCAGUAUGUGUCCAAUCAAGUCUACCACAAUUCCUUGGACUUGGAGUCUCCUCCCUCUUACUCAGAAGCUGUGCUGGACCAAAGCAGACCUCCCUGGUUCGACCUCCCUCCUCCCCCUUACUCUUCGGAAGGUGAUUCCUUGAGCCAAACAGAGCUGCCCCCCUAUCGCUCUCGAGCCGGGAGCUCAGCGAGCUGCAGCCCAGCGGCAGACAGAGGCUUCCUCAGCAUCUCCAGCAGUCAGCCCCAAGACAGCAGCAGCUCUACCAGCCACCCUCAUUCAUCUCCAGAGAGAACGCCAGAGCCAAGUGACUCACUGCUCAACUCAGGCACGAUGGAGGACCUCUAAAAAUCCAGGCUUUUUCACAAAUCCAUAUGGGUUAAUCUGCUGUGGCUUGUUACCAUUUUGCUAUCCUUGUGCUUGUGGUUGGCCUUGAUCUUUAGGAUAUCACAAGGGGAUGGGUCGGGGGGACUUGGAGGGAGGAAAAUGGGGCAUUUUUCCAGGGAUCCUCAUUGAUAAGAUUUAUGUUUUACCAUUCAUUAGGUCAUUCUUGCUCUAUUUCCUCAGGGUCCCAUGAAUCCCAUGACAAGAUUCUCUAUUCAUACUGCUUUUCUGUCUCUCCCCUCUCUCUCCCUUUCUAUCUUCUCUUCUCUUCUUCUCCUCUCUUUCUCUCUCCCUCUCUCUCUCUCUCUCUCUCUCUCUCUCUCUCUCUCAUUCUCUCUCUUUCCUUCCCUCUCUCUCUCUCAUUCCCUCUCUCUGCCUCUCUCUCUCUCAUUCUCUCUCUUUCCCUCCCUCUCUCUCUCUCUUUUCCUCUCUCUGUCUCUCUCUCUGUCUGUCUGUCUCUGUCUGUCUCUGUCUCUCUCUCUGUCUGUCUGUCUCUGUCUGUCUCUGUCUCUCUCUCAUUCUCUGUCUCUCGCUCUCUGUCUGUCUGUCUGUCUCUCUCUCUCUCUCUCUCUCUCUCGCUCUCUGUCUGUCUCUCAUUCUCUCUCUCUCUCUCUCUCUCUCUUUCCCCCACCCCCCCUUUUGUGGUUGUUGGCAUCUUUCCAUAUGAGUGUCUUGAAUUUGCUGACAGAGAGAAAAAACAGUAUUUACAAAUCCUUUCAAAGAGCAGGCUUUUGGAAUGGUUUAGUCUGACCCAAAGGACCGAAGAUACACAAAAUGGGAUGGUGUGCUCUAGUGCUACUUAAUAUGGCUAUGUCUUUUAGAUCAAAAAAGGAGGACAUGGUGGCCAGGGAGACUCAGUAAAACUGACCUGGAAAAAAUCAGGCUGUGCUAGGAAGUGGUGGACCUCUAAAGCACUUUUUGUGUGUCCUGGAUCCCCUUUCAGAACCCUCUUUUUAAAUACAGAAAAUAAAUAAUAACAAUAGCUGCCAUUUCCUACAUAGCACUUUGCAGUUGGCAAAGUGCUUUACAAACAAUACCUCAUUUGACCCUCACAGCAAUCCUGAGAGGUAGGUACUAUUAUUAUUGUCAUUUUUCAAAUAAGGGAACUGAGGCAGACAGGUGAAGCAACUUGCCCAGGUUCACACAGCUAAUAGGUAAACUGUGGCUCAAUUUGAAUUCAGGUCAAUCCUGACUCCAGGUCCAAUAAUCUCUCCAUUGCACCUCCAGCUACCAUACAUUUUUAUGACAAAUAAAAUACAGAGGAUUACAAAGGAAACUAAUUAUCUUGGAAUACAAUCAUCAAGAUACAUCCUUUUUUUUUUUUAAUUCUUACUUUCUGUCUUAGCAAUGACUCUAAGACAGAAGGGCAAGGACUAGGCAAACGAGGUUAAGUGACUUGCCCAAGAUCACACAGCUAGAAAGUAUCUGAGACCAGAUUUGAAUCCAGGACCUCCUAUCCCUUGGAUAUCCCUUGAUCUACAUGCUCCUAAAACUAUAAGUUGUAGAGUAGGUGCCAAACUCUAUUUUAGAGAGUGGGGAUUGAGGUGUCUCCUCCAAGAAUUUCACAAAGUAAUAAAAUCCAAAAUUUAAAUGAAAAAAAAUGAAAGAAAAAAAAGGUUUCAAAGUGCUUUAUAUAGAUGCUUUCAUUGGAUCCCCUUUGAAUAAGGUAUUAUAAGUACUGUAUUUUAUCCCCAUUUACUGAUGGGGGAAACUGAGGCUCAUGGGAGAUGAAGUGUUUCCCCUAUGGUCAUAUGCUUAAUGUUUGAGGUGGGAUUUAAACCCAGGUCUUCCUGGCCCUAAAAGCAUUGCUCAUACCCAUUAUAUUGAACUGUCUCUCUCUAUCACAGUCGCUCAGGCUUGUGUUCCAAACUCGUAUCCAUAAUAAAAAUGGCAGCACCUGACCACAAGAGCCUUAAGUUUUGAACCCUUUUGGGAGUCAGAGUUAAUGUUAGAAUGUAAGCUCCUUGUGGGCAGGGAUGAUUGAGUGUUUUUGCCUUCAUAUCUCCCUCUCCCAACACACAGAACAGUGCCUGGGACAUAAUCACUGCCUGUUGGUUUGAACUGAACUUGAUAAUCCCAGCCCAUUGGGUGGGCUCCCAUCCAUACAACCACCCUCCUUCAUUCUCAGAGACUGCAUGUCCCUUCUUGGGUCGCCCAGACUCUUCUCUCUCCAUCCAGAGUGGCGGCGAGUGGUUGGAGUCAACAAUGCCCCCUUUGGACUUCUUCCCCUCCCCACCCCCAAGCUGGGUCAGAAAUACAUUUGCAAUGGUGUGUUUGUGUUUUCCCUUCUAGUUAAGGGUCUAUUUAUAUGUGUAUAGGAAAGGUGUACUUUUUUUUAACUGCAGUCCAAAGAGAGAUUGAUGUAAAAGGAGACGGUGCCUUUUUCAUCCAUGAACCUUUGGUAACAAGCCACACUUGACUAACCCACGUGCUAGGAGUUUGUGCACUUAAUGCACUUUGGGGGCUAUUAUUUAUCAUAUUCUUGAAGGAAGUAGAAACAAAACUGAUUCCUCUCUCAGACCCAAGACUCUGUGCCCAUCGGCGUUUGAACCCGACGGAGGGCUGAGGAGGGAGGCUCUGGGGGCUUUGGGAGAGGAAGAAUCCAGUUUUCCAGGCAGGAAUACGCUGCCUAUUCACCUCCUGGGACAGAGCCCCAUGCAAACAUUUUGUCAAGCCACAACGACACCUAUUACAACUGGAACCAAGUGAUGAUGUCUUGGAGAAGCUCUGAGCCAGACCACUCACUCACUCAUCCAUGGGCUCCCUUCCUUGGAUAAAUGAAUUGCAAAUGGUGUAUUUGAUCCAAAUGAAUUAUUUAAAUGUCUUAGCUACAGGUGAUGAAGGAGGGAUGGGACAAGACGGGAAACGGACUGAAUUGACCUUGUUCCCAAGCGAAUGAUCUUGAGGUACUCAUAAAACAACUAACGAGACACUCCAGAAUUUUUAAUAAAGGACCAUUUAGCCAUGUGUCUUUCUUUCUGAGAUAGCAUCAUAGUAAUUUUGUCUGUAGCCCAAUGAUUAAAAAAAAAUCUGGUUGCAACAUGAGUUUUGAAGAAACUUUGGCUGGGUAUAUCAUUUCCUCUAAGGCAGAUUGAUUGGUUUUAUUUCCGCCCUUUGCUAGUUCAAGGGAACAUCUUCCGUUGCUCUGGAAGUUGGACGGAGGAAAGGAUUCCAAUUUUAAUUAAUAGGGCAGUGAGUUAAUCUCAUGCUCUCUUCUGCUUCUAGACAUCUUAGGGAAGACAAAUGGUCUUCAUAGAUAAGGGGAAACUAUUAAUGAUGAAAGAACACAGGGACGUUUUUAUUACAGAUGUGAUUUUUUUAAUGAAUGUUUGAGAAAUAUAAAUAGGACCUCAGAGCCGCCAUUUUUUCCCCUUCACAAGGCAAACAAGUGGCCAGUAAUUAUUCUUAACUCCUUCUCACUGGGAGGUGUUACUUUACACACUACAAAAGAAAGAGAAAGUGGGCUCUACUCUGGAAAGUGAGAUCAACUGUCUUGGCCCUUUGUUCUGGAGCACAACUACCUUUCCCAGGAUGUUCCUCCUCUCCCUCCCCACCUCAACAUUGACAUUUUAUGCAAAAGAGGAAAAGGAAGGAAUGAGAUGAGCUGCGAUGGUCUGUGUGUGAUGUUCAGAGUCACUGUAAACUGGAAAGGUCCUGUGUUUGUUUUGUUUUGUUUUUAAUUUUUAUACUCUCGAAUAAACUUGCAGUUUCACUCUU